AUGCAUUUUAAGCCUUACUUGAAGCAGGACCUACCUAAACGAUUUCACUAUGCCAACCAUAUACGUAUUGACAAAGUUAACCUCUAUGUGGACAGACAAUGGCUUGUUGUACGUGACAACACCUAUACUUUCUGUGGAGGAGGAAACCAUGGAUAUGACAAUGAGUUCAAGAGCAUGGAGGCAAUCUUCAUAGGACAUGGCCCAGGAUUUAAAAAGGAAGUGGAAGUUGAACCUUUUGAUAAUAUAGAACUUUAUAAUUUGAUGUGUGAUCUAUUACAAAUCCACCCAGCUCCUAACAAUGGGACCCAUGGCAGCCUAAACCAUUUACUAAUGGAGCCAUUUUAUAAUCCAACUUAUGUGCAAGAGAAAUCAAGCCCUUCAACGUGUACCUUUAAUGCGCCAUCUUCUAAUUUAAGCUGUUCAUGCGAUCAUCUGGUGGAUUUUCAGGUGGAUGAAUCAGCUCUAAAUGCAAGGUUAAAUCUUGAUGAGAACAGCAAAACUCAGUCAAAUGAAAAGAACUUGCCCUAUGGCAGACCCAAGAAUGUAUAUGAAAACAGUUCAUACUGCAUCCUUCACCAGCAUGGAUAUGUGAGUGGAUACAGCAAGAAUAUCUUGAUGCCGCUUUGGACAGCUUAUACCGUGGAAGCAAAGGGUGAAGGCUCUUCUCUUCCUCCUACACUAGCAGACUGUCUGCGGCCUGAUGGUAGAGUCCCAGAGGAAAGCAGCCAGAAAUGUUCAGACUACAAGCCAGGGAUGAAUGUUACCCACAGCUUCCUCCAUCCUCCCAACUUCAACAGCAGUGAAGUUGAACAAUAUGACUCUCUUAUCACAAGUAACCUUGUUCCCAUGUACAUGGAAUUCUUAAGAAUCUGGGACUACUUGCACAAUGUGUUACUGCUAAAGUAUGCGAAUGAAAGAAAUGGCCUGAAUGUGGUUAGUGGGCCAAUAUUUGAUUACAACUAUGAUGGACAUAUUGAUGCACCUAACCAAAUCCAACAAUAUGUAGAAGGCACAAAGAUUCCCAUCCCUACUCAUUACUUCGUCAUACUCACCAGCUGCAAGAAUACCGUUUACACUCCAAUCAGCUGCAGCGGUAAUCUGGAUGUUUUACCUUUCAUCAUUCCUCACAGACCAGACAACAGUGAAAGCUGUGCAGACAAUAAGGCCGAAGAAUUAUGGGUUGAAGAAAGACUAAAAGCACAUACAGCUCGUGUCCGUGAUGUUGAAUUGCUCACAGGAUUGGACUUUUAUCAAGAGAGAAAGCAGCCUAUUACAGAUGUCUUACAACUCAAGACAUUCUUGCCAACAUUUGAGACUGUUGUAAACUGA